AUGAGCGUCACGUUGAAGUUGCACCAGGCUAUUCUCGCCCGCCGGCCAGCUCCCCGCUGGUCGAGCGCUAUUCUCCGCCGCAGCGCAGCUCAAUGGCGUACAUACUCCAGUACCCCGGCAGACGAUACGCUGCCCUUGAAGGGCGUUCGGGUGCUUGAUAUGACAAGGGUUUUGGCUGGUCCAUACUGUACGCAGAUCCUUGGAGAUUUAGGAGCAGAUGUUAUUAAGAUCGAACACCCGGUGCGGGGCGAUGACACUCGCGCCUGGGGUCCGCCAUAUGCCAAAUACCAGGAUGAGUCGCGACAAGGCCCCGGCGAAAGCGCAUAUUAUCUAGGUGUCAACCGCAACAAGAAAUCUUUGGGUUUGUCGUUUCAACACAAGUCAGGCGUGGAGAUCCUGCACCGUCUUGCGAAAGAAUGCGACGUUCUCGUCGAGAAUUACCUCCCUGGAAGUCUGAAGAAAUAUAACAUGGACUACGAAACCCUGCGAGAGAUAAACCCUAAGCUGAUCUACGCGAGUAUCACCGGAUACGGGCAGACGGGGCCGUACAGUAACCGGGCUGGGUACGAUGUCAUGGUCGAGGCGGAGAUGGGCCUGAUGCAUAUCACUGGGGCCAGGGAUGGAGAUCCAGUGAAGGUUGGUGUGGCGGUUACGGAUCUGACGACUGGGCUGUAUACAUCUAACGCAAUCAUGGCGGCGCUGCUGGCUCGCAUGAGGACGGGUAAGGGCCAACAUAUCGAUGCUUGCUUGAGCGACUGUCAGGUCGCAACGCUGGCGAAUAUCGCUAGCUCUGCGUUGAUCAGUGGGGAGAAGGAUACUGGGAGAUGGGGGACCGCGCAUCCUUCCAUUGUUCCUUACCGGAGUUAUCAGACGCUGGAUGGAGAUAUUCUCUUCGGGGGCGGGAACGACAGACUGUUUGGUGUGUUGUGCGACCGUUUAGGACAUCCGGAAUGGAAGACCGAUCCCCGGUUUGUUACCAACAGUGACCGCGUCAAGCACCGACGGGAGAUCGACGGCCUCAUCGAGGAGAAAGUCAAACAAAAGACCACACAAGAAUGGCUGGAGAUCUUGGAAGGCAGCGGGAUGCCAUAUGCCGCCGUCAAUGAUAUUCAAGGGACCCUCAACCAUUCUCACGUCCAAGCGCGUGGGAUGGUCACCGAAGUCGAUCAUCCAGCAUGCGGUCCCAUCAAGCUAGUCAACACCCCGAUUAAGUAUUCCCAUGCCACUCCUGGCGUGCGGACGCCGCCCCCAACCCUUGGCCAACACACGGAUGAGAUUCUCGCAGAGAUUCUCGAAUAUGGUAAGGAUGAUAUUGCUCGUUUGAAGCAAGAUGGUGUAGUGUCAUAA